GGUCGGGGUCGGAGAUGAGGAGCACGAGGAUGAGCCGAGGAGAGACGAGUGCGGAGCAAUCAACCACCACCACCAGCAGCGCACCACACUCACACACGACAUCGCCAUCGUCAUCGACAUCGACAUGACCUCGACCUGCCUGCUAGCCAUCCGUGCCACUCUCCCCGCUUCCCGAUCUCUGUCUCCUUGGUUCCCACUCCUCUCGAAGAAAGAGAGCCGUGCCCCAUGCGUGCCGUCCUCACUUAAGCCAAAGAGCCAAUCUCGUCGGGGCGAAGGCAUUGUUGCACAUGGUGUGAGCUCUUCCCUUUUGGCGCACAGUCACACAGACCUCAUUUCCUCUUUGGCGCGACAUUGCGUUACACUUACGGGCACGGAGCAGCAGCAGCAGAAGCAGCAGUAGAAGCAGAAGCAACCACCGCAGCAACCACCACCAUCGGAUCAGCAUAGCACCACCCAGGCAAGCAGCCGGUGCAUGUGCAUCGUGAGAAAGUUUGCUGGAGGCAUUCCCACAAGUAUUGGGAUUGUGCCGCACUCCUGCUCUCGGUUCUCGGCCUCGGUCAGCUGUGACACUUGUUUGGCGCAUUUGGGCGAGAUUGGGCUUGGGUUUUUUGGGAUUGGGCCAUUGACGAAAUCCACCUGCCCGAGGUACAGUCCUGAUUGA